AUGGCAAAGAGUAGAAUAAAUAGAGUAUUGAUUUCCCCAGAGUGGUUAGAGUAUUGGCCUGACAGCAAACAAUAUAUCAAAGGUAGACAAGUAUCUGAUCACUGUGCACUUCUGCUUAAAUCGGUUACAAUGGAUUGGGGACCUAAGCCAUUCAAAUCUUUAAAUAUAUGGUUUUCGGAUCCAUCCUUUAAGAACACGGUCAAACAGUCUUGGGAGUCUUAUUUUGGGAUAGGAAAUUCAAUGACAACUUUAAAAGAAAAGCUAAAAAAGCUUAAACAUGAUUUAAAGGCCUGGAACAAAGAGGUAUUUGGAAUAAUAGGACAAAAGAUACAAAGCCUCAGUUCGGAAAUAGGGAAGCUAGAUCAGAAGGAUGAUGAAAGUAAUUUAGAUGAAGGUGAUAGAUCAAGACGAAUGCACCUUCUAAGUGAGUUAACAUUACUCCUACAGAAGGAAAGCUCUCUGUUAAAUCAAAAGGCAAAGGUUAAAUGGCUUGAACAAGGGGAUAUAAACUCUAAAUAUUUCCACUCUAAGAUUAGAUGGCAAAGAAGCAUGAAUGAGCUAAAAGGAGUGGAUAUGGAUGGAGUGUGGUGUGAGGAUCCAGCUAAGAUAAGAGAGGAGAGAAUGACAAUAGGCAUUUAA